AUGCGGGGAGCUGUUUUUGUAGCCAUUGCUGCUGCAAUAGGAAACUUGUUGCAAGGAUGGGACAAUGCAACCAUUGCAGGGGCUGUGCUUUACAUCAAAAGGGAAUUUAAGUUGGAAAGCCAACCGACGAUCGAAGGGCUAAUAGUAGCCAUGUCUUUGAUUGGUGCCACUGUCAUCACAACAUUUUCAGGACCAGUUUCAGACUCGCUCGGAAGACGUCCAAUGCUGAUAAUUUCAUCAGUUUUAUAUUUUCUCAGUGGUUUGGUAAUGCUAUGGGCUCCAAAUGUCUAUGUUCUUCUAUUGGCAAGGCUACUAGAUGGGUUUGGGAUUGGACUAGCCGUUACUCUUGUCCCUGUCUACAUUUCUGAAACUGCCCCACCCGAAAUCAGAGGGCUACUUAAUACUCUCCCACAGUUUACUGGUUCUGGAGGGAUGUUUUUUUCAUACUGCAUGGUGUUUGGUAUGUCACUGAUGGAUGCCCCUAGUUGGAGAUUGAUGCUUGGGGUUCUUUCUAUUCCCUCCUUGCUGUAUUUUGGAUUGACUGUGUUUUACUUGCCUGAGUCUCCACGGUGGCUCGUUAGUAAGGGAAGAAUGGCUGAGGCUAAGAAAGUUCUGCAGAGACUACGCGGACGGGAAGAUGUUGCAGGUGAGAUGGCUUUGCUGUUUGAGGGACUUGGAGUUGGAGGGGAAGCAUCAUUGGAAGAGUACAUAAUUGGCCCAGCCAAUGAGGGCGGUGAGGGCCAGGAAAUGGCUUCAGAUAAAGAUCAAAUAAGGCUGUAUGGACCGGAGGAUGGGAGGGCUUCGAUGCUUGGAGGGAGGGCUUCAAUGAUUGCGAAAUCUGUCACAGGACAAGCCAAUCUUGGCUUGGUGUCACGACAAGGAAGCUUGUUGAAUCCGAAUGUGCCUUAUGUGGAUCCACUUGUUACUCUAUUUGGCAGUGUCCAUGAGAAGCUGCUUCCCGAAAACACAGGUAGUAUGCGCAGCCUUCUUAAUUUGCCUAACAUGGGCAGCAUUCUCAACAUGGGCAGUGUGCUAAAUGUGGUGCCGCCUGAAAGCCAAGACAAGAUGGAGAAUUGGGAUUUGGAGGGGGAUGGAAAUGCAGCUGAUUUCGAUGACAAUGUUCGAAGGCCAUUGCUCUCAGGUCAAAAAUCAGCGAGUAUGGUAAAUGACAUGAUGCCUAGAAAGUCCAGUAGCUUCUUUGGCAUGAGGCGCAAUAGCAGCCUCAUGCCGGGGACUAGUGGUGAAGCUGUGAGUAGUAUGGACAUUGGCGGUGGCUGGGCAUUGGCUUACAAAUACUCUGAGAAGGUUGGCAAAGAUGGAAAAAAGACAGAAGAGUACCAAAGAGUCUAUCUGCACCAGGAGGGUGCACUUGAGUCUCGACGAGGCUCAAUGCUUUCAGUUGCUGCCGGUCCUGAAAUGGCUCAAGAAGGCGAAUAUUUUCAAGCUUCUGCUCUGGUUAGCCAACCUUCUCUAAUUUCCAAGAGGAACCAACUGAGCCAGCAUCGCGGAGAAGGAAAGACUGAGACCCAGGACACUAUUGUUGAAGGAUCCGUUUGGAAGGAUCUCUUAGAACCAGGAGUUAAGCGUGCAUUGUUCGUCGGGGUGGCAAUUCAAAUUCUUCAGCAGUUCUCCGGCAUAAAUGGGGUUCUUUAUUACACUCCCCAAAUUCUUGAGCAAGCAGGGGUGGCAAUUCUCCUAUCGGAUUUAGGCCUUAGUUCCACCUCUUCAUCUAUUCUCAUAAGUGCUCUCACAACCCUAUUGAUGCUUCCGUCUAUUGGCAUUGCCAUGAGACUAAUGGAUACUUCUGGCAGAAGGUCGCUGUUGCUGACUACAUUACCGGUACUAACCGGCACCCUCCUAGUACUAAUUUUCGGACAACUUGUCCAUUUGGGUUCAGUUGUCAAUGCAACAAUUUCUACCAUCAGCGUUGUGGUCUACUUCUGCACCUUUGUCAUGGGGUUCGGACCAAUCCCUAACAUCCUUUGCUCGGAGAUCUUCCCGACUCGGGUUCGUGGCAUGUGCAUUGCCAUAUGUGCCCUGACAUUUUGGAUUGGAGACAUCAUUGUGACUUACACACUGCCUAUCAUGCUCACGUCGAUUGGCCUUGCUGGUGUUUUUGCUAUAUAUGCUGUUGUGUGCACCAUUUCUUGGGUGUUUGUUUUCUUAAAGGUGCCAGAAACAAAAGGAAUGCCCUUAGAAGUUAUCUCUGAGUUCUUUUCUGUGGGUGCAAAGCAGGCAGAAAUUGAUGAAAAGUUGACUUGA